AUGUCGGUAUUCUUUCAUUGACGUGCUGCUGGCUGUACUCUCCAGUUCCGAACGAGCCUUUGCACGCUCGUGGUCACGAUAUUGUGUGUUUGGUGACUCUUCUGAAACGAAUUUUGUUCAGACUUAUAAAUUUUGACAGUGAUUGACAAAUAAUUCAAGACAGAAGAGGUACUCUCAUACUUUGAAAGAAUUUGAAGCUGAAGGGCCAAAGGGAAUUUUCGAUCAAUAAUUACGCAAUUUGAAUCGUUCCCUAAUUCUGAAUCACAAAAAUAAUGGCAAGGCAACAGACAGCCGACAGGAAUAUUCCCCAUCUUCGAGAUAUCUUCGGAUUUGGCAACAAAUGGGAGAAUACACGACUCCAAGCUGAAGAGAAGGCUCCAGGACACGACAGCGCUGUAUCUGUUGGUUCAACUUCCGGCGAGGAGGAGAGUCCCAAGAAUAGCAAGAAGAAGAAGUCACGUCGUCGCGAUAAUAGUAAAACUUUAACGGAAAGCGACGUGAAACACCUAGAAAGACAUUUGUCUAUGAAGAAGACCAUUCGUAAAAAAAUCAUGCGCGAUUUGCAACAAGCGUUUGUUGAGGACCCGAACGAAUUCCGGGUAGACGAUAUCCCACCCGAACAGCUUAAGGCAGAAAUCAAUAUUCAGAGUCUGAGCUUUGGGACACCAUCGCAGAAGCAGGGACGUACACGUGGUAAUGCGGAAAAUACGUUCCUAGACAUGCUACGUGCUGGAGGUCUUGAAAAGAACUCUGGGGAUGGAGAUAGAGACUCUGGACAUGGUGGAUCUCCUACGAGGGAAACUCCCAACGCACAAGACACAGAUGAUGAGUCUAGUUACCCCUAUGAUACGCCAGUUGCAACACCAUCGAAGAAAAGCGGUAACUUCUGGAGACGCUUCACCAUGAAAAGUCGCAAUAAGCGGUAAAUCCCUGAAUUAAUAUUCAGGUGAUAACUACCAACUUAAUUUCCGUUUCUGUAACUAUACCAACUUAGUUAUUUGAGCAGAACUUGCAACUGUGAUAUAUAUAUGAGAGAGG